AUGCCUACAGGCGGCGGCGUCACCGCGCAGGACCUGCAAAGGCCGCCUGCGUCAGAUCAUGCAGCACAUGACCAAGUGAACUCAGUGACAGUGCAGCAGAGCGGCGAGGCAACCGAGCGGGCAGUCCCUGCUGCGACAAGUGCUCCUCCUGCAGCUGUGUCAGCGGUGCGAGCGAGCCAGGAUGGAGCUCUUGCUCAGCUGCAGCUGACCAGGCCGGUCUGCCGAACACCGGAGGAGAAGCAUCUGUGGAACAUCAAAUUCAGGAGCAUUGUGGGCCCCAAGCUUCUCAGCCAAUUUCAGCAAACAUGCCAGCAGGCACAGAGGCCUGAGCCAUUGGCAGCACCGCAGCACUUCAAUUUGAAUUCGAAUUCAAGCGCGCGCCACCCACAGCCUGCAGGGCAGCUUCUGCCGGCCGCGGCCGCGGCGCUGCAAAGUGGGCCCUCGAUGCAACAGGUGGCGCCAGUGGAUCUACUCGAAUUUGCACGGCCCAGCUCCCUUGUGUUUUCACCCCCGGGGCAGGGGGCGGAAGCCGCACGGGGAGUCAUAGGGUCUUCCGCGCUAGGGUGUCCACCCCCAGGGCAAGGGGCGGAAGCCGCACAGGGAUAUCCAAGUCCCCGCUCCCUUGUGUUUCGAACCCCGGGGCAUAGGGCGGAAACAGCGCAAGCUGCCGAGGAUACGGCGCAGCGGGCGCCCGCCGCGGGCAAGCGGCCGGCCGACACGGCCGCCGCGGAGCCGGCCGCCAAAAUUGCGAGGAUGGACGGGACCGCCGGAGAUGGUGUUGCGAUGGUCUCUAAGGGGCAAGUGAUUUCCUUGGGGCGCUCCAAUGUAAAGACCUCCAGUGGACCGGCCCAGGCAGAAUCUGUGCGACUCAUCCCAGGAAGGACAGUUUCCUCCUUUGGUGGAAGUGGAACUGGCGCCGCCAGAGCAGCCUCUCACCAGCGCCCAUUGAUACCAUACCCCGCUGCAAUCUCCCAGCCACAAACACCGCACCCCACACCGGCACCGGGGCAAUCACAAAAGGCUCCCACAAGUUUCACUGCAGAGCCUCAGCCAAUACCAGGGCAGAGAACCUAUUCCCCAGGGAGAGAUGCGAGUGGCUCGGCCGGAGCAGCCUCUCUGCCGGCCCCUUUGAUACCACAACCUGCUGCAUUCGCCCAAUGGCAGGCCACACCGGCACAGCCGCAGCUGGCGGCCACCGCUUCUGAUGCAGCUCUCGAGGUGCUUGUGCAGGCACAGACUUGGCUCACCGUAAUGCUACAGGACAGCGAGAAGCGCCGCACGGCCGCAGAGGCAAAAGUGAGUCAGCUGGAAGUGCAACUGGCGGCUGUGACGGGCGACUUGAAGCAUUCCCUGCACGCAAGGGACAAGCUGCAGUUGCAUGCGAUAGCGUAUAUCACAGACUUGGAAGGUCGCCUGCAUGCGCUGUCUCGUGCAGACAGCGCUGCACAAGCAGGUCCUGGCUCCCUGCAACCGGCUGAAGCUGCCGAGCGCGGCCGCAGCAGCUUCCCCUCAGCCGACCCGGGCGCGCGGCUGCAGCCGGCUCCGGCCGCCAGCUCAGCGCCAGAUGGCGGCCAGCCUGCAGGAUUUUCCGAGGCGGAUGUUGAAGCUGCGAUCGCUGCCGCCUUGGGUCAGAGCCGGCCUCGGCUCACAAGCGAGCCAGAAGAGCACUUUGCACCAGCGCCCGGCGCGGGCCUUCCUGCGGAUCAGCAGCCGGCAGACACACUGGGUGAGCCUGAGCGCCAAAGAAGGAUCUCGGGAGGGAAUGGCGGUGCCUCACGGGACCAGCAGAGAGCAGCGGGCGAUGGCGGUUCUGCCGGGGAGGCGCAGCGAGAGGAGGGGGCUAGCAGGGGAUAUGUGCCAGGAGGUUUGGUGUCAGGCAGAAACAUGGGGGAUGUUAUUGAUCUGAGUGAUUCGGAUUGAGCAGCAGGCCACGCUGAAGGGAUGCUUUUGGGCUGCAAACUGUACAGUGAAAUCCUUUUGUUUUGGCUGGUUUUGUGGUGACCGCCUCGGGGAGUGUAUUUUUCUACGGCUUGUGUGGUUGCCUUUUUGAAGAGUAGUAUGCGUGGACAAGCACAUGCCCAGAAGGCAUUUUUGAAGGGUGACCUCAGCCUUGCCCUUUCUUUUAGGUAAAAAUUGAUUAUUCUUAGUAGGCACUCUGAUUCUGUGUGUAGCAGACGUUUGCUUUUUCAGCUGAGCAAUGCAAUGGUUACACGUUGAUCAAUGGCUACGAACUGUCAUGCAAUUGCAAUUCCAUUGCAAUAUUUCGUUCAUCAAGUGGUUCCAGAUUCGGCCGCGACGCCGUUAACGGCUGUAAACGUCAACAAAUUGUGAA